CCGGGUCGACACGAGCGAGACCCGUCGCAGAUGUUGGAUUUUUGCUUGGAAAAACGUGUGGGUACGACCUCGGCUGCCCCCAAGUGUAGCUCCAGCUCUGUGAAGAUUCAAGCGUUGGCAGAGGGGACUGAGGAGACCAUGAAAAUGGACAUGGAGGAUGCGGAUAUGACUCUGUGGACAGAGGCCGAGUUUGAAGAGAAAUGUACAUACAUCGUGAAUGACCACCCCUGGGACUCUGGUGCCGAUGGAGCGACUUCAGUUCAGGCCGAAGCAUCCUUACCAAGGAAUCUGCUUUUCAAAUGUGCCACCAACAGCAAAGAGGUAAUUGGAGUGGUGAGUAAAGAAUACAUACCAAAAGGGACACGAUUUGGACCCCUAAUAGGUGAAAUCUAUACCAGCGAUACAGUUCCCAAGAAUGCCAACAGGAAAUAUUUUUGGCGGAUCUAUUCCAGAGGGGAGCUUCACCACUUCAUUGACGGCUUUAAUGAGGAGAAAAGCAACUGGAUGCGCUACGUGAAUCCAGCACACUCUGCCCGGGAGCAAAACCUGGCUGCGUGUCAGAACGGGAUGAACAUCUACUUCUACACCAUUAAGCCCAUCCCUGCCAACCAGGAACUUCUUGUGUGGUAUUGUCGGGACUUUGCAGAAAGGCUUCACUACCCUUAUCCUGGAGAGCUCACAAUGCUUAAUCUCACUCAAACACAGAACAGCAACCCAAAGCAACCGAGUGCCGAGAAAACUGAACUUUGCCCAAAGAGCGUCCCAAAGAGAGAGUACAGUGUGAGAGAAAUCCUGAAAUUGGACUCCAACCCCUCCAAAGGGAAGGACUUCUACUGUUCUAACAUUUCACCCCUUGCUUCAGAAAAGGACAUGGAUGACCUCAGGAAGAGUGGGAGCCCCGACACGCCCUUUUAUCCUCGAGUUGUGUACCCCAUCCGGGCCCCACUGCCAGAAGACUUUUUGAAAGCCUAUGGGAUGGAGAGACCGACUUACAUCACUCACUCCCCCAUUCCGUCCUCCACAACCCCAAGUCCCUCAGCGAGAAGCAGCCCUGACCCAAGCCUGAAAAGCUCAAGCCCUCACUGCAGCCCAGGGGACACCGUGUCUCCACUGGCCCCGGGCUCUCAAGAACGCCGGGACUCCUACGCUUACUUGAACGCACCCUAUGGCACUGAGGGUCUGGGCUCUUACUCCGGAUACCCACCCCCACCCCACCUCCCACCAGCUUUCAUCCCCUCCUACAACGCUCACUAUCCCAAGUUCCUGUUACCCCCCUAUGGCAUGAAUUGCAAUGGCUUGAGUGCUAUGAGCAACGUCAGUGGCAUCAACAACUUCGGCCUGUUCCCUAGGUUGUACCCCGUCUACAGUAACCUCCUGGGCGGGGGCAGCCUGCCUCACCCUGUGCUCAGCCCAGCUUCAUUCCCAAGCUCCCUGCCCUCGGAUGGAGCCCGGAGGUUGCUUCCUCCUGAGCACCCCAGAGACGUAUUUGUCCCAGCACUCGGCAGUGCCUUUUCCCCUACCGGGGCAGCUGCCAGCAUGAAGGACAAGACGUGUAGCCCCACGAGCGGUUCUCCGACGGCGGGAACAGCUGCCACGGCAGAACACGUGGUACAACCCAAUGCUACCUCAGCAGUGAUGGCUACCCCCAGCAGCGACGAAGCCAUGAAUCUCAUUAAAAACAAAAGAAACAUGACUGGCUACAAGACACUUCCCUACCCGCUGAAAAAGCAGAAUGGCAAGAUUAAGUAUGAGUGCAAUGUGUGUGCCAAGACAUUCGGCCAGCUCUCGAAUCUGAAGGUCCACCUGAGAGUACACAGUGGAGAACGGCCUUUCAAAUGUCAGACUUGCAACAAGGGCUUUACGCAGCUUGCCCACCUGCAGAAACACUACCUGGUACACACAGGAGAGAAGCCACAUGAGUGCCAGGUCUGCCACAAGCGAUUUAGCAGCACCAGCAAUCUCAAGACCCACCUUCGACUCCACUCUGGAGAGAAACCUUACCAGUGCAAGGUGUGCCCUGCCAAGUUCACCCAGUUUGUGCAUUUGAAGCUGCACAAGCGACUACACACCCGGGAGCGGCCCCACAAGUGUGCCCAGUGCCAUAAGAGCUACAUCCAUCUCUGCAGCCUCAAGGUCCACUUGAAGGGGAACUGCCCUGUGGCCCCCAGCAGUGGGCUGCCCUUGGAGGACCUGACUCGAAUCAAUGAAGAAAUCGAGAAGUUUGACAUUAGUGACAAUGCCGACCGGCUUGAGGACGUGGAGGACAGCAUUGAUGUGAUCUCAGUGGUAGAGAAAGAAAUUCUGGCCAUGAUCAGAAAAGAGAAAGAAGAAAGUGGCCUCAAAGUAUCUUUACAAAGAAACAUGGGGAAUGGACUCCUCUCCUCAGGGUGCGGCCUUUAUGAGUCAUCAGACCUGCCCCUCAUGAAGUUGCCUCACAGCAACCCACUACCUCUGGUACCUGUCAAGGUCAAGCAAGAGACAGUUGAACCAAUGAUGGAUCCUUAAGAGUUUCAGAAAACAAGUGUUUUGCUUUGUUUAAGUUAUGACUUGGCAAGUCAGGGUGCCUGUUGCAAAUUGCUUGUACAUAGCUCCAGAUCUGCGAAGCUCUGCCAGUGGCAAGUGUUUUCCCUCACUUCUCUGGAAUUGAAGAAGGACUCCAAAGUUACUAAAAUCUCAGGGUAUAAAAGAGACAAAAACUCACUCUCUUGAUAUACAUAUAUAUAUACAUAUAUA